GACAUGGCGUCCUCUACAGCGCCCGGGAAACAGAGGAUUCCCAAAGUGGCCAAGGUGAAAAACAAAGCGCCAGCUGAGGUACAGCUAACUGCAGAGCAGCUCUUAAGAGAGGCUAAAGAGAGAGAACUCGAGCUCCUUCCACCCCCGCCUCAGCAGAGGAUCACAGAUGAAGAGGAGCUCAAUGAUUACAAACUUGGGAAGAGGAAGACUUUUGAAGACAACAUAAGAAAAAAUAGGACUGUGAUCAGUAAUUGGAUCAAAUACGCUCAGUGGGAAGAAAGUGUAAAGGAAAUCCAAAGGGCUCGGUCCAUAUACGAGCGUGCCUUGGAUGUAGACUAUCGGAAUGUUACACUCUGGCUGAAAUAUGCCGAGAUGGAAAUGAAGAACCGCCAGGUCAACCACGCCCGAAAUAUCUGGGACGGAGCCCUGACAGCUCUGCCCCGAGUCAGUCAGUUCUGGUACAAGUCCGCGUACAUGGAGGAGAUGUUGGGCAAUGUUGCCGGUGCCCGUCAAGUGUUUGAGCGCUGGAUGGAAUGGCGGCCUGAGGAGCAGGCCUGGCACUCCUACAUCAACUUCGAGCUGAGACACAAAGAGGUGGAGCGGGCCCGAACCCUUUACGAACGCUUUGUGCUCGUGCACCCUGCUGUGAAGAACUGGGUCAAGUAUGCCCGAUUCGAAGAGAAGCAUGCUCAUUUUGCCCAUGCGCGGAAAGUCUACAAGAGAGCAGUGGAGUUCUUUGGAGAGGAGCAUAUGGACGCACACCUGUACGCGGCCUUUGCUAAAUUUGAGGAAAAUCAGAAAGAAUUGGAAAGGGUACGAGUUAUCUACAAAUAUUCCCUGGAUAGAAUUUCAAAACAAGGGGCGCAAGAACUCUUGAAAAACUAUACCAUCUUUGAGAAGAAGUUUGGUGACCGUCGGGCUGUGGAAGAUAUCAUCGUGAGCAAACGGAGAUGCCAAUAUGAAGAAGAAGUGAAGGCUAAUCCGUACAAUUACGAUGCCUGGUUUGAUUACUUGCACCUGGAGGAAAGUGAGGCGGAGGCCGACACAGUGCGGGAAGUCUAUGAGAGGGCCAUUGCCAACGUGCCGCCCAUCCAGGAGAAGAGGCAUUGGAAGCGCUACAUCUAUCUCUGGAUCAACUAUGCGUUCUACGAAGAGCUGGAAGCCAAGGAUCCUGAGAGGACAAGGCAGGUCUAUCAAGCGUCUUUGGCACUAAUUCCUCACAAAAAGUUCACAUUUGCCAAAAUGUGGUUAUAUUAUGCCCAGUUUGAAAUACGACACAAAAAUCUGACACUGGCCAGAAGAGCUUUGGGGACUUCCAUAGGUAAAUGUCCAAAGAACAAGUUAUUCAAAGGGUAUAUAGAACUGGAACUACAGCUUCGAGAAUUUGACAGAUGCCCCAAGCCUUAUGAGAAGUUCUUGGAAUUUGGACCUGAAAAAUGUACCUCAUGGAUUAAGUUUGCAGAAUUAGAGACAAUCUCUCUAUAA